AAAGGCCGACGCUACGUAAAAUGAAACGUAAUAUUAUUUAUAAAAUCAUAUCGUAAAAUUAAAAUGUUUGAUUUUCCUAAAAGCACGAUUUCUCUCUUAAUCCCUAAGUUUUCAUUUCUUCUCUAAAUCCCUAAGUGUUGAACCCUUCCCUCACACUUGAACCCUUCUCUCACACUUGAAUCCAUCACCGAAUCCCUAAAUGCAGUGAGUAUCGCCGCCCAACAUGUGACCUAUCGAACCUGUCACCUUCACUUUCAGAGUCGGUCACCGUCCCCCUCUCGAACUCCGACACCGUCGCCGUUCAGUGUCGCCGUCGCCGUUCACUGUCCCCGUCGCGCUGUCAUCUGUGGUCGAUUCUCAAGCAAGAACGGGACAACAGAAGGUCUGGUGGUGAUUCAAAAAAAUCUUCAACUAAUACAAGACCAUCGAAGACUUUGUUUAUCAUAAAUUUUGAUCCUGUUCACACCAGGUCAAGGGAUUUAGAGAGACACUUUGAUCCCUAUGGGAAAAUAUCAAAUAUAAGGAUCAGAAAGAAUUUUGCUUUUAUCCAGUUUGAAACCCAGGAGGAAGCCACUAAAGCUUUGGAAGCUACUAACCUGAGCAAGUUUAUGGACCGUGUUAUCACAGUUGAGUAUGCUAUAAGAGAUGAUGAUGUCAGAAAGGAUGGAUACAGUCCUGAUAGAAGAGGUCGCGACUCCCCUGAUGGGAGGUAUGGUCGUGGCAGAUCUCCAAGUCCUUAUCGUAGAGGUAGGGGUAGCCCUGACUAUGGUCGUGGAUCGAAUCCAGCUUCUAGACCAGAGCCAAGAGGAAGCCCCAAGUAUGAACGAGCUGAAAGGCCAAUGAAUGGAAGAUAUGAUAGCCGAUCUCCCCCACCUCGAGAUAGGUCACGAUCCUGAGGAGUAGCUGAAUAGAACUGUGUGUGAAAUUAUUGCUGGACCAUUUUCAUUUCAUUCCAACUUAUGUUACUCCAUAGUUUGGCAGCAGAAAAACUCAGACUUAUUUAUUGUAUUUACUCUUAUGUUUGGUUAGGAUCAAGAUGUGCGAUGUGCAAAGACAUUAUAUAUUAAUAUUAGGUAUAUAAUUGUGUUACUCAUCAAGUUUUAUGUUUUUUAUUGAAAAAUGAUUUAUUUA